AUGCUACAAUACUACUCUAAAAAUCAAUUUUUCUUGUCGCAGAUGGGCUUUUGGCCUUAUCAGUCUAGGAUGAUAAAGAUAUUGCUACCGUUUGUUUUUGUAAGCGCCGAGAUGUCUGUUCUUGCAACUCAGGUGCUUUUCUUGUAUGAUACUUGGGGUGAUAUGAGUAUGACUGUUGAAGGUAUAGUUAAUGUUAUCCUUCUUGUUGGUGCUACUUUAAAAUUAGUUAACGUUGUCCUAAAUAAUAAAAAGUUUGACAUCGAUUUGCAACAUUUAUUACAACUGAUGGACGAACAUUGGCAGCUUUUUCAUAGCGAAUCCGAAUUUCACAUUUUGAGGCAAUAUGCUAACAUUGGCCACGAAAUAACAAAAUUCUUUGCAGUGUACAUUAACAUAUUCGUAAUAAUGUUUAUGACAAUACCAUUACUACCAAAAGUUCUAGAUAUCAUAAUACCGUUGAAUGAGUCACGGCCAUCAGUAUUUGUGAUUGCGGGAGAAUGGGGAGUAGAUAAAGAGAAAUAUUAUUAUCCGAUUUUAUUGCAUAAUUAUGUUGCAGCUAUAGUUAGUAUCAGAUGUAUGGUAAACGUUGAUACCAUGUAUAUAGUAUGUGUGUUACAUAGUUGUAGUUUAUUUUCCGCUAUAGGCAUCCGUAUUGAAAAUAUUUUUGAUAAAAUUAAACUUAACGAUGAAGAGGAAACAAUGAGUAAAAAACACAUAGUAAUAAAAGAAUAUAAUUCUGGAGAGUAUUAUGAGAUGAUUGCAUGUUUGAAGAAACAUCAAGUCGCAAUAAACUUCAUUCAGAUGCUAGACUCAGCAUUCAAAACUGCGAUGUUUCUCAUCUUGUCUUUGAACGUAAUGAUUCUGAGUUUAAUUGGAUUACAACUUCUCAAUAAAAUGGGACAAACUCAGGAAGUGAUAAGAUUCGGAUGCAUAGCUGUGGGAGCGGUUACUCAUCUCUUGAGCAUGUGUGUACCAGGACAAGUACUCUUGAAUAAAAGUUUAGAAGUGUUCGACAAAGCGUAUAAUGCACAAUGGUACACGUUCUCGUCGAAAACGACUAAAUUAUCUACGACAAUACGAAAUUAUAAACGACUAAUUAGUAUUGCGUCGCGUGGUUUGCCGAACAGCUUAAAAAUUUAG